AUCAGCUGAAGGCGGCCAUGUCUGAGGUGAACAAAACGCUUAUCUUCAUCAAGGCCGUGGUCAGCAAGGGCAAGACAGAGGUCCUCCCGGGCUCAGCCUCCGUUAUCCUGGAGACCGUCAUGCACAUCUUUACACUGCUCAGAUACCCGCUGUUGGCGCAGGAGAGCAAUUCCCUGAGCUCCAGCCAGAGCAAAGUGUGUCAGAACCUGGCCAAGUUCAUCCAGUGGACGGACGACUCUCUGGUCGGGGAGAGCAAGGACGGAUGUGACAAAGAGAGGGCACAGGAUAUCAUUGAUACCUUGUUGGAGGGGAUUAAGGAGCUGACCCAGUUGGGUAUGGAGAAGAUGAGCCAGAGAAAGUCCAGCUCCAUGCUACAGACUCCCAUCACGAGCCAGCCACUUCCCUCCCCUCCUGCUUCUGCUGAUGGGUCCUCGGACAUUCCCUUGUCCUCGCGAGAGCAGGAGAUCCUGGCCCAGACGGGCGGCUGCGCGUACGACAACCUGAGCGCGGCCUCGGGCCAGCGGGGCAGCAACGCCAGCUCCGUCUUCUCCUUCGACUCCAGCUCCAGCACAGCUGACUCGGCCGACAUGCCCCCGCCCAAGCCGCCCCUGCCCCAGGGUUCCAACCCUGUUCUCAACAGGCUGACGUCGUCAGACCAGGAUAGCGUUGAUGGCGGCCAGGACCUCGUCCCGCCACCUCUCCCGGAGAAGAAACGCUCCCCCAGCACAAGUCUGGACAUUCUGGACAGCGUGUCGGGUCGUGCCAGUACAUGUAGCACACCAUCAGGCGCCACGCCGUCAACGUCAACGCAUCCCAGUUCUCUUGUCUCCAGCGCGUCUCUGGACCACCAACUUGGCAUUGCCGGGCGUGGCUCUUUAGCUUCGUUGCCUGGCAACACUUUGGUGUCUGGGGGGAUCGUUCCUGGCGCUGCCACAAACGGGGGCAGUCCGGUGAAUCACCUGUCCUUGGGGGAUGUCAGCAUCUCUCAGUCUUCCUCCUCUUCUUCUUCCUCCUCCCUUCAGGCCACGCAGUCGUGGCAGCAGCAGAAAGACUCGGAGGGUGGGCCGUCUACCACCACCACCACACACACGUUCUCGCGCACGGUCAGCGACUCCAAACUGGUCAGCAGCACGGUCGUGUCGCGGAAAGCCACGACGGGAGGCAAAGCCUGCGACGAGAUCAACCAGCUGACGUCUCAGAUCAAGAAGCUGACCCACUGCAUCGAAGACACGCCCCCUCCGCUCCCGGCCAAGAAGGGCAGCGGUUUGCACCGGUUGAACUCCCAGUAUGACAAUGUCCCCGACGGUCUGGAGGACCGGGUGGCGGCCUUGACCUCUGUAGGUUCCUCGGUUACCAUGUCACAGCAGAGGACGGUGGUCAUGAGGAAGAUGGAGUCCCGGAUCUCCUCCAGUUCCACCUCCAGCUCACAGUCCAACCACUCGAAUCAAAGCCAAUCCAUCACCAGCGUGAACAGCCACAAGUCGAUGCAGUCCUACCUGACGGAGCAGAGCGCCGGCUCACACGAGACUUUCUCCAGCUCCGAGACGUUCUCCUCCGCCAGCCACUCCAGCACAGAGUCCCUGCCCAAACCGCCCCCGCUCCCGCCCAAGAAAAAACACGUGCAAGCGUACAUGCGGACGUUCGGAGCGCUGACACAACCAGGUCUCCUGGAGGAGGCCAUCUCCCGCCACUCCAUCACCUUCUACGAGGCCCAGUGGCACCAGCACCAGCGCGAGCUCUUCUACCCACGCUCCAACACCAUCUCCGUCUUCUCCGACAUCUCCUCGGGCUCCUCUGUCAGCGGGGGCGGCUCCUCUGAGCGCAUCAACUCCAUGCCACCCCUUCCCAUCAAGAUCAACAGGUUGUCCGACAUCAGCCACGGGAGUCAGCUGAGCACGGGGUCCAGCCAGUCCAGCAGCUCGGCCGGGGAUCUGCUGAGUCUGGACAAGUCCACGGCCGCGGACAGUGUCAGCGUCGCCUCCCAGCCACAGAGGUUAUCCCUGCCCCAGCCCGUGGCCGCGCGACCUCCGCCAGAGGUCAAAGAGGUGGCGCCCCUAGCCCAGCCAGAGAUCCAGAAAGACUCGGACUCUGACUUCUGUGAGCUGAACCUGCUGGACGACCUGGAUAUCUCGGACCAGCUCAUCCUCAAACAGGAGGGAGAAGAAGGACCCGAGGUGCGCGGAGGAGCCGUGGAUGCUCUGAUUGUUCACGCCACCCAGGCUGGGAAAAUCGGAUCCGAGGGUGACGUCACAGAACAAGAAGUACUGGCGAUCUACUAAGCUUCAAGGCACAUGACAUAGCUGAGCAGAUGACUCUACUCGACGCUCAACUUUUCCAGAAGAUUGAGAUCCCCGAAGUGCUGAUGUGGGCGCGGGAACAGUCGGAGGAGCUGAGCCCCCAUCUGACCACGUUCACCGAGCACUUCAACAAGAUGUCUUACUGGUGCUGCACACGUAUCCUCACUCAGGACGACCCACGGGAGAGAGAGAGAUACCUCAUGAAGUUCAUCAAAAUCAUGCGGCACCUGCGUAAGCUGCACAACUUUAACUCGUACCUGGCCAUCCUGUCAGCGCUGAACUCGGCUCCGGUGCAUCGCCUCGAGUGGCAGAAACAGAACGUUGAGGUUCUACAAGAGUUGUGCCAGUUGAUUGACAGUUCGUCGUCAUUCCGCGUGUACAGACAGACACUGUCGGAGACUCCACCUCCGUGUAUACCUUAUCUCGGACUGAUCCUGCAGGACUUGACCUUCAUCAACAUCGGCAACCAGGACAAACUCCCCGAGGGCAGCAUCAACUUUGCCAAGCACUGGCAGCAGUUCAACAUCCUGGACAGCAUGAGGAGGUUCCGCACAAG